AUGUCGCACAAUCUCUCCCCACACGCUGCUGCAAACCUCGAGUCCUACUCAUGGACCAAAAAGCCAGGUUUCUACCUUGACGCGAGAGCGGUCAAACUCCUGCACCAAAUCGAAUGCUUGGAAUACAGUCUCUGGUAUGCCAGACAUCGGCUAGACGUCAACACACGCGAUCUCGAGAAAAUAGACUUCUACAGCUCAAAAGCCAAACUCGGCUGGUUCGGAUCACUACGAAGACGAAUAAACGAGCAGUUCGAUCACGAGACACAACGCGGGCGCCAAAUAGACCAGAUACGCGCCAAACUGCUGGCAGUCCAGAUUCCGUUGGACAAGACGUUGAUUGCCAAGAAAGAGGCGAUGCUGGCGAAGCUUCAGGCAGAGUUUGAAGCGAGGAUCCAGUGGAGGACUCAGGAGGCUCUGAAGGAUUACCGGAAAUGGCUUUUUGAAGAGAAGAAACGAGAAGAUGCGAAGAAAAAUUGCAAGCUGGAGCAGAAAAGGAGGGAUAGGGAAAUGUGGGAGGGGAACUGGCAGAAGUUUCUACUGAGCGAGGGAGACAAGAAAGAUCUGCCUCACACAGCAAAUAAAGAUGAGAUAACGACGGCUUAUAUGCUGGCUUUACGUCGGGUUAAGCCAAGACGUCCAGAUAAGAAUCACGAAAAUAACCAAGCCACUUUAAAUUACAAAAACCUCAACAAAGCAUACAUUACACUAUCAGACAAGAAAAAGCGUCGAGUUUAUGACACAGAGUACGGACAACAAACAGGAAAAUUUAUCCGUCCGUUUUUCACAGAAGUGAGAACAAACAAAUCCACGAAUGAGAAUAAUGCACCCUUUACCCGGUUCAAUGACACGUUUUUCGAGGGACAUUCUCCAAAUGACCCCGAACCAUCGCUGGUGGAUAUACGUGAGGUGGACGAUUUCAUUCAACAGCUGGAGUCUCGCGUAUCAAUCACCCAGACCGAAGUCUUUUUCCAAAGGGGAACGGUACAAGUUAAAGAAGAGGCUGUACGGGCUCUUGAAGAAGAGGUCUUUACAGCGGGCUUCGAAAUGAUAGAGAUAUAUGAAGGCGAGGCUGGCCCGUCAAACUUAGAACGCACAAGAGAAUGCCCCCAGAUUCAAGCGCAAAUGAGUCGCAAGGUUGAGAUGGAAGCCGAGCUCAAGGAGGAGCACGAAAAACUCGCAAGUCUCCAAAGGCAGCUUCGGGAGUUUCGCAGUCGACUCUCAUAUUGGGAAAAGGAGACGGAAGCUUUAAUCAAAAAGAAGAAACGGCCUACGAAUAUAAUGGACUUGCUACAACCCUAA